AUGGCUUUGUUCUUCAUAUUAAAUGAGGAAAUACGUGCCCGAAAGAUUCAGCGGGCUCGUCUCAGGGAUUUAGCUAACCCCUUCGAGCUCCCGGAACAAGAGUUUUUCCACAACUACCGGAUGAAUAAGCCUAUGGCUAUGUACUUGUGCCGGGAGCUGGAAGAUGCGUUGGCUCCCCGGCAACAACAUGGCCUCCCUGUCCACAUAAAGGUGCUGGUUGCCAUUAAGUUCAUGGCAGGUGGCAGCUACCAGCGGGAGGUCGGACAGGACCACACUUUGUGCGUGGCACAAAGGACAGCCUCCAAAUACCUAAGCCAGGUGGUCGCUGCUAUUAACAGAAGCCUUAAACCUAAAUGGAUAUGCUUCCCGGGUACCGAGGGGGAAAGACGAGACGUCGCGGCGGCUUUUGAACAAAAAUAUGGCUUGCCUGAUUUGUUGGGAGCUGUCGACUGCACCCACGUCUCGAUCUUUCCUCCUCCUCGACCGCACGGCCUGCAGUUCAUCAACCGUAAGGGCAAGCAUACCAUCAACGUGCAAUUGGUACUUGGUAAAGUUACGGGAACGCUUCGGACCUUCGAAUCGGUCCUACGCAGAGCUCAGCCUUCAGCCUUCGCAUUUAGUUAA